AACGAAGAAAGAAAGAGAAACACCACCCAGUAAAUAAAAGUACAAAUAAAAAUUAGAACUAAGACAAAAAACAACACAGAACACCCCUUCCCAGAGACGCCGUCGUUUCAACGCCGGUGCCUCUGGUUUCCUCACCUCCAAACGAUGAAGCGACGCGUCAGCUUCUCCCUUCCAGUAACCGUCGUCGUUUUAGCCAUAAUUUAUAUUUACUUCUCCACGAUCUUUGUCUUCAUAGACGGUUGGUUCGGUCUCAUGUCUUCCCCCGGCAUCCUGAACGCCGUCGUUUUCACAGCUGUGGCUUUCAUGUCCGUUUUUAGCUAUGCCGUCGCAAUCUUGAUGGAUGCGGGCCGGGUCCCUUCCACUUUCAUGCCCGACAUCGAAGACUCCAGUAACCCAGUCCACGAGAUCAAACGCAAAGGAGGAGACUUGAGAUAUUGCCAGAAGUGUUCCCACUUUAAGCCUCCACGUGCUCAUCAUUGCCGUGUUUGCAAAAGAUGUGUGUUGCGAAUGGACCAUCAUUGCAUUUGGAUAAGUAACUGUGUGGGCCACGCAAACUAUAAGGUCUUCUUCGUCUUCGUUGUGUAUGCUGUAAUUGCAUGCAUCUACUCCCUGGUCUUGCUUGUUGGUAGUCUAACUGUUGACCCUCAAAAACAUGAGCUGAAUAAUGGUGACUCUUUCAGAACCAUAUAUGUUAUUUCUGGACUGUUGCUAGCUCCAUUGAGUGUGGCACUUGGUGUUCUAUUGGGUUGGCAUGUAUACCUCAUUUUGCAAAACAAAACCACAAUCGAGUUUCAUGAAGGAGUGAGAGCUACGUGGCUAGCAGAAAAGGAAGGGCAUGUCUAUAAACACCCAUAUGAUGUGGGCGCCUAUGAAAAUCUGACUACGGUCUUGGGUCCAAGUAUUUCCUGCUGGGUGUGCCCAACAUCAGGACAUAUCGGUUCAGGUCUCCGCUUCCGUACAGCCUAUGAUGGUAUGAGCAGUGCAUCUGUGUGAUAAUCAAGUUCUAUUCUGUAUCGGAGUCACUCCAUUGGCAAUAGCAGGGUGUGCAAGACUGGAUGGUUUUUGAUUGAGAUGCUUUUCUUCAGUCCCAUUUAUCUGUGCGGCCAAGCUUUAGCUGGACUUGUUUCACGGAGGAGAAAUGAGCCUUGAAUUGUCACAACUCAACCAUAGAGAACCAAGGGAUGGCCGUUGUCUGCUAUAUUUCAGGGAGGCGAUGUGAUGUGAUCAAGUGUGAAUCAGUUUGGUAUAGAGAGUGCUAUUUCCAGUUUGUGUUUGAGGGAAUUUCGGGAUAAUGUAGAGAUCCUGUGGGGCUGACAAAAGAGUGCCCAGUGAGUAAACAAGGAUUUUGAAUCCUUAAACUCGCCUACAUGAACACCACCAUCCUUGUAACUUAGAAUUGUAAUUAAUAUUUGCAACAACAGACAAAACGAGAAAGAAUAUUAAGCAGCCUUGUUUGUUUCUCUUCAUUAUCGUAAUUGAAUCAUACUUUUUUCACCAGAUAUCUUUGAUGUAUUGCCUCAUCCUUGUAUUAUGAACUCUGCAAAACGCACAAAACGAAAUAAUAAUUAUAAUAAUAAUAAUAAUCAUUUAGUAUUAAGAUAUAUCAUAUAUAAUAACUUUGUGUUUCUAAUUAAUUAUCAUUGUUGUCAUAUAUUAAUAAUUAUCUAUGAGAAAGUUCGAUUUGAACUGUAGGGAUAGUAGGGGUGAAGAAUGUAAUUUACCCAUAUGAAUAAACAAGAUGCUGGGGCCCGUGGUGCGAUGGGGGCUCGCGCCAUCUCCAAGAAUCCCACGUGACACGAAAUGGUCUUGUCUCGUGUGAGUCAUCAUCUCCAAAAAAAGCCAGAGCUCCGGAUGUGGUAAUCCUAGUGCGAAUACUGUUCAAUCACCCCGUCUCAGUUAAUCUUCGGAAAAAGGAAGGAAAAGGGUGAGGACACGCUCUCAUUUCAAUGUUUCUCUCUCUGCCCGCCAUGGAUGAAGAUAACGAUGAGAUUGACAGCUUCCAGCUCGAAGAAGCAUUCAACUCCAAAUUUUUUUACUUCAACAAGAAAAGGAAGACACGGGCUGAGCAAUUAGGCUUGCCUAUUUCAAAACAUAAAUGCUGGGAUCAUCGUUUCCCUCUCAAAACUUCCAAAAUAUAUGAAGAAAAUGAAGAAGAAAAGGACUUAAUCACAUGCAUAAUUGCGGGAAAUGCUGAACGACAGGCCAUUGAUGAAGGAUCAGAUCCUGAAUCUGCCAAAGAUGGCAAUAGUUUUGUUGAAGAUUCUGACUUUGCCAUGUCUGUGGAUGGUGAAGCUAAAUUUGAGAUGGAGGUUUCAAAGAUAUGGCCACCUGACAGGCCCUCAACUUCAUCAUUCAGCUACAACAGUCUCAAGGAUGCUCAAUAUUCUUCAGACAGUGCUGCAGCAGCACGACAUGCUGGAAAAGAGGAAUUGACAUUUGUGAAAGGGGAGAUUGAUCAAUGCGGUCAUGAUGAUGGAUUACAAGCAUCUCAGAAUCUUGAAGAGCUUAUCCUAGAAUUUGAAAGCCCUUUAGAUUACAGUUGCUCUGAAUUUGGAACUGACAGCAUGGAAACAUGCACAGGUAAAGAACUUGAUGAUAUUCUCUAUUCCAAUGGAGUUAAUCCAAAUGUGUAUGCCCUUUCAUCCGGAAGAUGGCUGUCAACCAAGAAGCUCAGUCAGGCCCCAGAAAACCAACCAUUGAUCAAGAAUUUGAGCAGUACUUUUCCAUGCUUAUGCUGUGAUAGUGAGCACUUGUAUUUAGAGCUUGAAGCGAAUGAUUUUUAGUACAUAGCUGCAGUAUGUGACUCAUUAGAGUGCAAGUCAAAACGUAAAAGAAGCUUUCGUUUUCUGGUCAAGGCAAGCAUUCCUCGUGAGGCUGAUUGUGACCAGUUCAGUGAAGCAAUGCCCUUUUUCUUCCAAUCUUCGAGCAAGCUUAGUUUUGCUUGCAUAAUACAGCUGUUUUCUGCUCCUCCACGGUUCUUGUACCAUGCAAGUCGUGAACUUGUAGUAGUAUUGACAGAGCUCAUUCUUAAUGAAUCCUCUUGUUGGCGUUA